AUGCUUUCAUACGUUAUACCUGCUCCCCAGGAAACAUCGGCUGCAAAUGGCCGUUCGUCGAACCGAACUGAAGGAGAUGCCGAGAAUGGUGGUGGUAGUAUAACUAACAGGGAACCAGUGCCUUCUCCACCUCGAACUAGCCUAAGUCUUAGACUCAACUCUCAAUACAUGGCCGGAACAGAGUCCCACACAACAGAGGUGGAUGCCCUGCUGGCGAAUGUGAAUGUGGCAUCUGGCCAUGAGUUCUGUGACGACGAACGCACCCAUUUAUUGAACGACACAAACCACACAUCAUCUCCGGUACGGGUGAAGCGUCAGAACAGCAAUGGCAGCAACAAUAACAACUCUUUCAGCUUGAACAACAAUGCCACAAACACAAACACCAGCAGCGAUACCAACGUCACCACUAACAAUAGAAGAAGUAGUGGCGAUGGUGGUGGAGGCGGUGGAGGACAUGGCUCGGAUGACAACUGUGGCAAUGAUGUUGUCAAUGUUAAUAAUGUUUGCAGCUCCAUCGAGAGAACAUCUUUGGAUGAUGGUUCCGAUUCCCACCACACCGCUGUCACCAAUGCCACUGACAAACCGGCUGCACAGCCAGAUGAGUCCCAGAAUCCCCGCCAACAAUCAGUGACAACCAAGAAGCCCAAACUUAGCAAAUUGGGUUCGAACAAAACAGUCGGACUAAAAAGGGUGUCAUUUGGUUCCUCCAAAGGCUCCAUGGUUGAGACAUUAGUUUUCGAAACACCAACGCCAUUGUCUGAACAUGUGGAGCCAAGCUUUGGAUUUGGAUCAGAAGGUGAUUAUAAAGCAAAUAUGGAUGACAGUGGUAUAGAGGUUCAAGAAGAGUCGGAACGUUCUAUCGUGCGUGUAUCAAUUUAUCAAAGUAGUAAACCGCAACAAAUUUGCCCUCCCGAUUAUUUUUCGAAAUUCGAAGAUAAUUUAGAUAAUUCUUUAAGUAACUAUAAUUGUAAUUUAGACGACAUAAUGACGACAGCAUCGCCAAUUCCCGGUUAUGACAGACAGCAGAGCACUGAUUCUGGCUGGGAUAAUCCUUUUCGCCCUGGUGGCGAUUUAUCCAGAGAGGCUGAUGAAAUUGUUAAAAUGAUUAGUGGAGGUAAACCGAUAACACCCACAGAAGAUCAUGCGAUAGGUAAUGGAAAGUCACAGAGUAAUGGUACUAGCAAUGGAACAGUCGUUACCGAAGAUAUAACAAAAUCCAAUGUAUCGCAAAAUCAGUCCGCACAAAAUGGUACAAAUGGUUCUCAUAGGGUGCAAUCAGCGGCAACAGCAGCAGCUGGAGCAGGAGCGGUAAAAUCAUCGGAAAACAAUGGCGUUACAUCUCUAGCUCAAGUCUCAAAGCAAGUGGUACCUGGACCUACAUCGGCUAGUCAUGUUGUCAUAGACGAAAAGAAAAACAAGAAAAAGGGCUGUUGUAUUAUCCAAUGAACCAAUGCAGCACUUCACAGACAAAACUUUACAA